CUUUGGUCUUGGCCAUAGUGGAGUUUGGAGUAUGACUGUUUGAGGUUGUGGACAGGUGUCUUUUAUACUGAUAACGAGUUCAAAAAGGUGCCAUUAAUACAGGUAACGAGUGGAGGACAGAGGAGCCUCUUAAAGAAGAAGUUACAGGUCUGAGAGAGCCAGAAAUCUUGCUUGUUUGUAGGUGACCAAAUACUUAUUGUACCGAGGAAUUUACCAAUUAAUUAAUUAAAAAUCUUACAAUGUGAUUUCCUGGAUUUUCUUUUCUCAUUCUGUCUCUCAUAGUUGAGGUAUACCUAUGAUAAAAAUGACAGGCCUCUCUCAUCUUUUUAAAUGGGAGAACUUGCACAAUUGGUGGCUGACUAAAUACUUUUUUGCCCCACUGUAUAUGAGGUAUACGUUUGCAUUACCAAAGCAUCAGAGUGGACUCAGUGAGCUUAAGUAGGCCCCGGGCCUCUUGUUAUUUUGGUCAUCCAAAUGUAGAGCAAGUUGGGUAUCCAUGACCUAGUACAUAAAAAGAUAAUGACUUAGUGUGUUAAAAUAAUGAAUGACUGCCUCAAUUAAAUGACUUAUUUUAUCAUUUAUGAGAUCCCAACUCAUUAAAUUCAGAUUCUAACUCAGUAUAUCAAGAUGGCAAUUUGAUUUUGCUUGCAGAAAUGUGCUUCCAUAUGUGGGCCAUUAGCAUAAGUGGUUUGUAUAUUGAUUAUAUUAGUUCAUAAAUCAAAAAAAGCUCUGCUUUUUACUUUUAUUAAGGAAACUUUACAUGUUGAUAUGCUCUGUUUUUGAUAUGACAAUAAAAGCCAUCUUUUUCAUUUCUGAUUGGCGCAAACCUUUGUCAUUAGCACCUAGACAGAUUUGAUUGGUCCGCGUCACUGCUCUGUAUUUUGACAGAAGGAAGUACCUAAGUAAAAACAAGAGCGCUCAUUCAGGGGGUCUGCUUGACAUGUAUUAUCAUCUGUAAUGUAAGGCUGUUGAUCCGCACGUCGAGGAAAGAUAUGCCUUAAUGUAUUUCAUACUCAUCAUUGGAACAAAGGGGAGAAUACUGUGCGCCCCUCAUGCUGACAUUUCAGCCUUGCCAACAAACCACACAGCAGGGUAGCGUUGGUUCAGAGGCUAACGUCUGCUAACUGAAAGCUCAUCUGACAGCUGAGGCUAGCAUUAGAGAGACGACUUCUCGUCCGUACAUCAUCCAGAUGAGGCAUGCUGGAAGUAUGCAGCCCAUAUAUAGAAGAGAUGCUGGGGUUUGGCACCAAACCAGAAGUCUUCUCUACAAGAAUCUCCUCAUCAAAUGGAGGACCAAGCAACAAAGUCUCCAGGAACUGAUCCUACCUCUACUUCUGUUGGGUCUUCUGAUACUCAUCAGCACCCUGAAUCCUCACGUUUAUUAUGGAAGCAUCAGCACCAUGCCCCUGGAGCGCGAAGACCACUUCUUCAAGGGCUUGGGCUACACACCGAUCACUAACAUCACCAACCACAUCAUGGAAGAAGUGGCCCAGGAGAUGCACAUACAGGAUCAUCUGGAGAUGUUUGCCAGUGAGGAGGACCUGGAGAACGCCAGCCUGUAUGAGCCUUCCAGCUAUGUUGGUGUGGUGUUCCUGGACAGCUCUGCCACGUCGUACAGGCUACGCUUUCCAUACAACCAGCUGCCUUUUCCCAGCGAUUACACAGAAUCUAUUGCGAACUGUUUUACCAGCUCCGUGAACUGCAGAGCGGCUAAUUACUGGUACUCUGGCUUCAUCCGCCUGCAGUCUCUGAUCGAUGCAGCCAUCAUCCAGAUGCAGACUAAGCGUUCCGUUAGGAGCGAGAUGGACCUGAGCGUAGUGAUGAUGGGUCAGCCAGGCUCUGUGGAGGUGCAGAAAUUCCCCCACGCCCUCAUCUCCAUCUACCUGGUCCUGGCCUUCACACCCUUCGUCACCUUCCUCAUCGUCAACGUGGCAGCUGAGAAAGAACAUCGCCUCAAAGACACCAUGACCAUGAUGGGCCUGUACGACACAGCCUUCUGGUUGUCAUGGGGUCUCCUGUACGCUGCCCUGGUAACCACCAUGUCGCUCCUAAUGUCCAUCAUCGCUACGUACACGGCCCUGUUCCCUAACAGUGACUUCUUGGUUAUCUUCUUCCUCAUCUUCCUCUAUGGAAUAUCAUCGAUCUUUUUCUCCUUCAUGAUGACGCCGCUAUUUAAGAAGCCCAAGUUUGCCAGCACGGUGGGCUCCAUGCUGACGGUGGUGUUCGGCUGCCUGUCUCUGUUCACCGUGCUGAUGAAGGACUUCCCUCAGCCGCUGGUCUGGCUCCUCUGCCUGCUCUCCCCCAGCGCCUUCUCCAUUGGGAUUGCACAGGUGGUUUACCUGGAGGCCCAAGGAGAUGGUGCGGUGUUUUCCUCCCUGGCUAACGGCCCUCAUCCUCUGUACGUGCCCCUGUUCAUGCUCAUUGUGGACUGCAUCCUCUACCUGCUGCUGGCUGUCUACCUGGACCAGGUACUGCCUGGGGAGUUUGGAAUGAAGCGGUCCCUGGUCUACUUCCUGAAGCCUUCCUAUUGGUCGAAACGCAGGAAGCGUUACGUUGAAGUGAGCUCGGUGUACGACGCAGAGGUGAAAGGAACUUCCAGUGGCGAUGAGCCUGUGGAGCCUGUUUCCCCUGAGUUCAGAGGGAAGGAGGCCAUCCGCAUCAUUAACAUCCAUAAAGUGUACAAAGAGAAGGACAACGUGGUGGAGGCUCUGAGAGGUUUGACGUUUGACAUCUACGAGGGCCAGAUCACCGCUCUGCUGGGACACAGCGGGGCGGGAAAGUCCACUCUCAUGAACAUCCUGUGUGGCAUCUGCCCGCCCACUAGCGGCUCGGCCACCAUCUACGGCUCCCCCGUAGCAGAGAUCGCAGAUGGCUCAGAAAUGAAGCAGCUGGUGGGAAUUUGCCCUCAGUUCAACAUCAUCUUUGAUGUCCUCACUGUGGAGGAGCACCUCCGGAUAUUUGCCGCCAUCAAAGGGAUCCCACCCUCGGACAUCGACGCUGAGGUCACCAAAGUGCUGAAGGAUCUGGACUUGGAAAAAAUCAUGACGGCUCAGGCCAAAAAUCUGAGUGGAGGCCAAAAGAGGAAACUCUCAGUGGGCAUCGCCAUCCUCGGAGAUCCUAAGAUCUUGCUGUUGGACGAGCCCACAGCCGGCAUGGACCCCUGCUCCAGACACCAGGUGUGGACUCUGCUGAAGAACCGCAGAGCCGGCAGAGUCACUGUCCUCAGCACACACUACAUGGACGAGGCUGACAUUCUGGCUGAUCGUAAAGCUGUGAUUUCUCAAGGACAGCUCAAAUGUGUUGGCUCUUCUCUCUAUCUCAAAGUCAAGUGUGGUGUUGGAUAUCAUCUCAGAAUGUCUACCAACGAGGGAUGUGAAGCUGAGAAGAUCACGUCAUUGGUCAAGCAGCAUGUUCCCAAGGCGAAGUUAUCCCGGCAACACGACGCAGAGCUGACCUUCACUCUGCCCCUGGAGGGCAUGGACAUGUUUUCAGGCUUGUUCUCGGAGAUCGACUGCCAACCUAAUCUGGGAAUUAUCAACUAUGGAGUUUCUAUGACAACCCUUGAAGAUGUUUUCCUUCGUUUGGAGGCAGAGGCCGAAGUAGACCAAGCCGACUACAGUGUGUUUAAUCGGGAGCAGACGGAGGAGGAAGGUGACAGCGUCUCUGAAGACGAUACCGACCAGCGGCUGCUGACCUUCUCUGACAACAAGUCUGACGUCGUGUCGGGUCAUGCUCUGUGGCGGCAGCAGUUCAGCACCGUGGCCUGGCUGCACAUGCUCAACAUGCGCAGGGAGAGGAAGGCCUUAAUUUACACUCUGGCCCUGUUCCUGGUCUUUGUCGCUGCAGUGCUCGUCCUUUCUCUGGCCACAGGAAACAUCCAGAUUCACUCGUCCGACCGCCAGUUUCUGCCCAUUUACCUCCUCAACAAAAAUGAUGGGCCGCACAGAUACUCUACUGGCCUCCUGGUUCAGAACUCCUCAGGCUCGGAUAUUUCUGACUUCAUCCACAACCUUGAGUCUCAGGACCUCAAAGUGGAUCUGAUGAAACACAGCGACUACAUGUCCGCAGCCCCCCACAGCGCCGCCAUCAACGUAUCAGGAUCCAGCAAGGCGUUCAGGUACAGUGUUGCCUUCAACAGCACCACAGUUCACUCCUUGCCAAUGGCUGUCAAUGUGUUAAGCAACGCUCUUCUUAGAGGUCUGAAUGGUACUGGACGGAUAAGAACCUGGACCAAACCAUUUGAUUAUCAAAUGCCUGAUGCCACGUCCUAUGCUCUGGUGUACAUAGAGGCCAUCAUUCUGGGGAUGCUGGCUGCUGGGAUGCCGGCGUACUUCGCCAUGGACCACACUCGAGACCGAGAGAUCAAGUGCCGCUCCACACUGCGUAUCUCCGGUCUGGUGCCGUCAGCGUACUGGUGCGGCCAGGCAGCGGUGGACAUCCCCUUCUACUACCUCAUCCUGUGCUGCAUGACCUUCAUCCUCUUCUCCUUCCACACAGGAAACCUGCUUACCUCCAGCAACCUCACCGCUGUGGUCCUGUGUACCUUUGGCUUUGGUCCCUCCAUGGUCCUUUUCUCCUAUGUGUGUUCGUUUGGCUUCGCCCGAGUCCAGAGCAACAGAGAUUUCUUCUCUGUCAUCUCCAUGAUGGUGUGUGUGGUGUCGGCCUCGCUGGUUCAGUUGUCAUUUGUGAACGACAGCCCUGAACUGACCAGGAACCUGCACAACGCUCUGUGCUUCUUCAACCCUCUGUACCCUCUCAUGGGCUGCCUCAACUGCAUCACCAAGGCGACCUUCCUCCCCUCUCUGUACGAAGAGAACUUCUUGUGGAAAAACCUGCUCAUCGCAGUUGUAGCUCCCUAUCUCCAGUGCAUCCUGCUGCUCUUCCUGCUGCGUUGGCUGGAGAUCCGUUACGGAGGGAGGACGAUCAGCAGGAUCUCAUCCAAGUCAAAGCCCAGAGUGGAGAAAAACAUAGAGGAAGGGCUGAACGAGGAUGAGGAUGUUCAGAUGGAGAAAGCCAGAGUGAAAGAGGCCCUCACCUGCCAGUCAUGUGAAGAGAAACCAGCCGUGGUUGUGAGUAACCUGAGCAAGCAGUACAAAGGCAGAAGAGAAGGAUUUUCUCUCAACAAGGGGAGGAAGGUGGCAACAAAGAACAUCUCUUUCUGCGUUCGCAAAGGGGAAGUUCUUGGACUGCUAGGCCCCAACGGAUCAGGGAAAAGCACCAUCAUGCACAUGCUGUCCGGGGACACUGACCCCACCUCAGGACAGGUGCUGAUGGGGGACUAUAGCACGGAGUUCCGUCCGGUGGGAAAUCCUCUGGAGCAUGUGGGCUACUGUCCUCAGGUGAACCCUCUGUGGCCCAGGAUCACUCUGCAGGAGCAUCUGGAGAUCUACGCUGCCAUCAAGGGCCUGAGAGGACAGGAUGUUCCUGACAUCAUCAAACGUGUGGUGAACGCUCUGGAGCUGAAGGACCAUUUGAACAAACAAACCAAGACCCUGUCAGCAGGUCUCAAGAGGAAGCUGUGCUUUGCCUUGAGUAUGAUCGGGAAUCCUCAGAUCGUCUUACUGGACGAGCCGUCGUCAGGGAUGGACCCCAAGUCGAAACAGCGCAUGUGGAGGGCCAUACGUGCUGCAUUCAAGAACCGUCAGCGGGGAGCCAUCCUCACCACGCACUACAUGGAGGAGGCGGAGGCCGUGUGCGACCGCGUAGCCAUCAUGGUGUCCGGACAGCUCAGAUGUAUCGGCUCCAUCCAGCAUCUGAAAGGGAAGUACGGUCGGGGCUACAGUUUGGAGGUGAAACUCAGAGAGGAGCUGACGGGGCUGCAGCCGGCGGCUCUGCUGCACAAAGAGAUCCGCCGAAUAUUCCCUCACGCUGCCCGGCAGGAGAGCUUUGCCACUCUGAUGGUUUACAAGAUUCCCAUGGAGGAUGUCAAAUCUCUGGCCAAGGCAUUCGCUCAACUGGAGAGAGCCAAGCAGAACUUCAAUUUUGAAGACUACAACUUCUCCCAGUCGACCCUGGAGCAGGUGUUCAUGGAGUUUGCCAAGGAGCAGGAGAACGAGGAGGAGGAGGUGGGCUCCCUCAGCACCACGUUCCAGUGGCAGCGCCUCCGUCAGGACGGCUCCGUGCCCGUCAAUCACGCGGACAGCAUCGUGCACCAACUCUGAGACUCCGCCUGAGAGGAGCCGGACUCACCCAUCCGAACAUUGCCCCGGGGGCCUCGGCGCCUGUGGGCCAACACCAGCACCCUGCUCGCUCCACGCAAAACUGACACCCACCCGCCCCUAAUGAACAGAGGGGGGCUUUCACACACACACUGGGUCUUUCUGUGUGUGUGUGUUUGGGCUCAGGAAUGUUUUCUGGGUCUGAGGCGUGCAUGUGUGUAUCCCUCGUUCCACUGGUGCUCCGUGUUCUCUGAGUCGCGCUGACCGAGGGCCGUGCGGUGUUUCUCCGACACGCUGAUGCGACACCUCCUUCUCUUUCUAACAGUGUUUUUUUUUAUCUUCACAGGGGAAAAGAAAAAGAUAUAUAAAUAAUGUUUAUGCUUUGUAAUCCGUCCUCCUUUGCGGGAGGCGUUACAGCCGGUGUGUUCGCUCGUCUCUCCAGGUGUUUCGGUGUGUUUGUGAAACCGUUUUUUUAAACUUUUUUUGUAGGGAUCCGUCCACGACCGUACCAAAGCCCCCCCCCCACACACACACACGGACACGUUAUUUUUGUUGUCAGAUGCACGUGCAUUGACAGUUUUUAAACCAAGCCCCCUGCUUAUUCGUCCAUUCUGCUCUUUUUACACCAGCAUGCACAUCUUACUAACGUCCAGACCACCUUUCUCCAGGACCGAGUGUUCCAGCAUGCACGCUCAUGAUUAUUUAAGUGUUGCAGACGGUGUUUGGAUGAAGGGUUUCCGAUUCUUCUUUUGUGGCCUUCCUCUCUGCAGGUUUAGCUUUGAUCUAGAUCCCAUAGCUUGGGGGUGUUAGAAUAUGCACACCAGUUCAUGUAGCACACCGCCCUCCUCAGACACCAGCCAGGGCCUCUUGCGUUAAGAGGCGGAGCUCGCGUUCACACCCAGACGUCCGUCUCCUCUGAGAGUUUGAAUGUACGCUUGGCCUCCGGUGAGAGGAGGGUUCCUAACUCAUCACUCUGUUUCACUGUGGUGCCACUUUUCAAUCUCGCAGCUGUGUUUUGUGAGCUUUAUCUAAGCCUCUUUGGUGUGUGUAUCUUGUCGUGUGUGCUGCGGCUAAACCUGUAUAAUCUACUGUUUGUACGACCAUCAGCAAACACAUUAAUUGUAAUUUGAUCAUGACAUUCAGGUGACAAGGGAAUUUGUAGAAAUGUGAUUUGUACGGCUCAGUUUUAUUUGUUAAUGAUCACACACAGACUUUGGAGGGGGAUAUCUGCCCUUACAUAUUUUACUUGAGGCGGACGAAAUAAAAGGAACAUUUGUCAAACUAAUGCGACUCGACAGCGACACACACACUCCGGCCUCAGACCUCUCUAAGCGUCACAGAGGAAGUGUGUGUAGCAGAGGUACAGCAAGGUAGCUACGUUUGAUUUAUCAGAACUUCAUCUCAUGGAAUUUUCAACAGCCUAAGAUGCUUGUUGAUAUGAAAUAUCAUAAACUUCAAUACAUUUUCCGACCAGAGCCUGCUGCAGCUUCUAUUGAUCCGUAUCCCAUUAAAUUUGAUGUUUUAAUAAUGACAUUUUGAGUUAAUCUCAUGGAUUUGUAAAUCUGACACCGAUCGACCUCCCAUCAUGCACUACAGACACUAAAGAAAAUCACUGUUUGAGGAAGCGAGUGGGAGAGAUCUUUUUUUAAAUGUGAAAACUUUAUUUAAAUGCUGUUCCCAUUUUUUUUUUGCAAACAUGUAGCCUUGGUACCUUUUUUUUAUUAGGGGACAAAUGAAAACACUGGCUCUGCAUGAGGUUUAUUUAUGUGUUGCAGGUAUGGAUGUUUUCUUUGGGAUGUCAUAUAUACACUACCUUUAUUUUGUAUCUGCUUUCCUAAGUGCAAUGUAGGGUUAGGUUCACGAGUGCAAACAUUCUCUAAGCUUUAUCGUACUCUAACAUUCAUGUGUGUGAAACCUGUAGCCACCCAAACUAACAUGCACUUGUCUGACCCCUGCCUCCUGAAACAAAAGCGUGUAGUUGGAGUAUUUAACGUGAAGAAAACCAAGUUAUUCUUUGGCUCUGUUGAAAGAGGAGCAUUUACGCAACAUGGUGAUGAAGGUGGUUUCAUUUUGUUUUCCUGGUGGUGGUUCUAUUGCACUGUUCCUGGGACAUUUUAUAACCUUUCUUUAUAUUAUGCAAUCUUUGUAAGAUUAUCUGUGCACUGAUUUUAUUUUUUAAAGACUGUGGUUUAGCUCUGUGCUGUGUUUCCCUCCUGUAUCACCCUAUGUCUGGAUGGUCUCUACUAGACCUUAUGAAUAAAUGUUAAUCCAAUUA